AUGUCAAACCACUCUACUAUGACUGCUGAAUCAAUCAAUUACCCGAAAAAAUGGAACAAAUCCACUCUGCGCACUAUCGGACAAGGGUUUUGCGGCACAGUGUGGGCAUCUGAGAAAGGUCCCGCUUACAAGAGGGAGGACGGCGGGCCCGAAAGGUCUUUACAAAAUGAUUUUAAAAUGCACCAACGAGCUCUCCAGAGCUUACGCAAGAUUCCAACUAUAAGGAUCCGUAUUCCAGCCUGCUACGCUUUUAUUGAAGCAGAGGACUCAAAAUGGUGGUCGGAAAACAAUCAAACGUUUCCACCAGGGUUUAGAACGCCAUGCAAUCUGAUUCAGUCGCAACGCAUAGCACCUUUCUCUGAGUCUGUGCGGAUUCUACUUAUCAGUACUUACUGUCCACCAAAGCUAGCCCCAGAGAUUAUGGCAAGCGAGCCUAACAAAGACUGCUUGGCCAGGCUAUAUCUUGGCCGAAGACGAAUUCAGAGGAGUAAGUACACGUCGCGAUUCACGGCAUUCUCCCUACGGAACUUCCCACUCCAUCUUGAUCAACUUGAAACUCUUGGGAUCACAAGAGGAGAUAUCGAACAGUACGCAAGAGUCAUGGCCGAUACUCUUGCUAUGAUGCAUUGGGUCAGCGAAAUUGAUGGAAAUGAUAUCGAAUUCGUCCUUGCCCCACCAAGCCUAGACCCCUGUCGCAAAUUUCAAUCCAGAAAUCUAGACAGAAGUAUGGAAAAUGGACUCAAAAUGGAGUCUAAAGUCUUUGGAAAUCACUCUCUAUGGGUCUUAGACUUUGAUUUGUGUAGGGAGAUAACAAUGGAUUCAAAUGGGGUGCAACAAGCCGCAGCUGCAUUUUGGCGCAAUGAUCCUUACUACCCACGACCAGGGAAAGAGUUUAAGGGUGAUAUUUCAUUAUGGAAUACAUUUCGAGAGAAUUACUUACAGAAGAGUAUGGAAUGUAUUAAUAUUGGGUCUCGGGAGCCAGAAGAAGCAGAAAGGAGGCGCUCUUUGUCAGAACAGUUUAUCUGUCUGGUAGAACAGGAAGGAGACGCCCGAAAUGAGUGA